UCUUGGGGCGCCAAUGGUCCUCCGAAUGUAAAAUGUGGUCUCUCGUAAUAAUUAAUGGCAGUUCUAUAUUUAUCGUAUUAUUGUUGUGUAAGUAGUAUAUGUUGUUUCUUGUCCUCUUUAUCUUCGCUAAAAUAUGAACAGUAUACUAAAUAAGAAUAUAAAAUAGAAUACUUGGCCAGUGCGAAAGAAAGUACUACAAUUCCCUGCAGCCGCCAGGCUCGAUCAGCUGAGACAGACACAAAAUCAGGAGAACGAUGCUGCGCUCGCUAAUUCAUCAUAACCAAAAUUGGGAGAGUCGUCUGCUGCAAGUUAAUUAUGGCGCUGGUGCGAAGCGGCUGGCUUCAAAGGCAAAGCACAAUUUUGCGGCGGUGGAAACGAAACUGGUUUGAUCUUUGGUCAGAUGGCAGUUUAGUCUUCUUCGAAGACUUGCACCGACAAGAUGUGGAGGACAAGAUACAUAUGGCACUGGAGUGCAUAGGCAUCUGCGUCGGGAGUCAGUGUCGAGGCUUUAAGCCUCCAGAUGGUAAGACGCAGGAGUCGUUGCUCCAGAUUGUCUCUGGGGAUGGAGCCAUAAAUAUCUGCGCAGAGAGUCCGGAUGAUGCAAAGGCCUGGGCGAAGGUCCUGGAGGAUGCCAGGGUAAACACGUUCUUGAGGUGUCCUCAGACUGGGUUUGCUGAAGAUGGCUCCGCCUCCCCGCCCCCCCCGUACUCCGAGUACCCCCCAGGCGUGCAGCACUGGGAUUAUUAUUCUUACAGUGACUAUGGGCCACCUCCACCCAAGGGGGCGCCAGUGAGGCACCACCAAGAUACCGGCAUGUCUCCGGGGGUACGUCGUAUCAUGGUCCAGGAGCGGCGCUAUGACGACCGCGAGGACUGGACGCUGGGGAUGCUCACCGGCGCUGCCACCGGCAUGGCUAUCGGCUCCCUCUUCUCUGUGUUCUAGCGAUGCCCUAGCAGCUGCGGGCAUCAUCACCCCUAACCCCUCCCCCCCCAGCACAUCCCGUAUAGCACUCCUCUAUCUGCUGAAUACCUUCUCUCCUGCAGAUGGCAUCAGCAACUACGCUGAGCUGACUGUAAACUCGGCUCAGAUCGCGGCAAGAGUUGCUUGGAUUCAUCAUGUGAGUUAAGGGCCAGUGAUUUGUCUCUGCUUGUAUUUUUCCCACUGUAGUAUAACCCCCAUACAUUAAAUGUACAUUUUAUAGUCAUAUUGAUAACAAUUGUUAUAAAAUUGCUAGUCAUGAAUACUUAUGUGUCCUAUAGCAGUCAGUUGUGAUUUUACCAGACAUUCCUAUGUCUCAGAAAUCUAUGCUUUUCAGUAAGGCUUUAAUUCAUUUGAUUUCUGAUACAUGUCUAACCUUUUUUAUAAAUAUAUUACUGUUUAAAAUUUCACAUGCAUAUUUCUGCUCGUAUGCAAACUGAGAAGCUUCCUCAGCUUUUCCAAUUAGCUUUUUAUACCCCCUAUCUGCCCUUCUACUUUAAGUAAGCAUUCUGUUUGCACAAUAUUCUGUUUGUGUUCUGUAUCCUGUUUACACUAUGCCUACUGUCUUUGCACUUUGUGAUGAACUGUAUGUUUGUAUCUGUGCACUUUAUGGAACUUGCUGCAGUGAGCAAAAGACUCUCUCUCUGGAAUCAAUAAAGUAUAAAUCUUACCUCA